AUGGCUUCCAAAAUUUUCAACAUGAUAUUCUUCUCACUACUGAUUUCCUCAUUUGCCAUCAUCCAAAUGGCAACAGCUGGAGAUGCAGACAUUCCUUCAGACUUUAUAAUUCCUCAAAACGUUACCACGGUUGAUGGAAAUUUCUUCACGUUUAUUGGCCUGCGAUCCAUUGUUGGGUCAAACCCUCCACCAACCUUCAAGGCUUCAAAAGCAAGUUUGGUUGAAUUCCCGGCUCUCAAUGGACACAGUGUUUCCUAUGCUGUACUUCAAUUCCCGGCUGGCACUACUAAUCCACCUCACAUCCAUCCUCGCUCCGCGGAGCUUCUUUUCUUAGUUGAUGGUACUCUACAGGUGGGGUUUGUUGACACAACCAAUAAGCUCUUCAAUCAAACACUACAAACGGGUGAUAUAUUCGUGUUUCACAAGGGACUUGUGCACUUCCAAUACAAUGCUGAUGCAAACAACUCUGCUCUAGCUAUUUCAGCUUUUGGGAGUGCAAAUGCUGGAACUAUUUCAAUUCCCAAUACUUUGUUCACCACUGGCAUUGACGACACAAUCUUGGCUAAAUCUUUCAAAACCAACGUUGCCACCAUUCAAGCUCUUAAGGCUGGUCUUACUAGGGCUGUUCUAAAGAAAACCUUCAAGAAAUUGGACCAUGAUGUAAAUAUAGAGAAUUUUAUGCGUUCAAGGAUCACUUUGAGGCCAAUCUCUUUGAAGUUGCUGUUUGUUGUGGAAAUUAAAUCAAUGAUUUUGUAA